AUGUCCUUCGCAACCAAAACCACAACCGUCCCCCCAUUCAAUCUCUCCUCCCCAGCCGGGACGGACAUCUGGCGCAAACCACCGUCACAUGACGUGUUCGAUGCCCCAUCCCACCCUUCUCCCCUCCAACAACACCCACUCAAAUCUUUCCAGAGAGCGCGCCUAACAUUCUCACUACCACCCGCGAACCAGCUCCGUCAAUACGACCAAGCGGGUCUGGUUCUCCACUUCACCAAGCCGGGCGCCGAGUAUGGUUCGCUGAAGGACAAGUGGCUCAAGACUGGAAUCGAGUUCUACUAUGGGAAACCAUACGUCUCAACCGUGGGAACGGAUCAGUGGUCUGAUUGGAGCGUGCUGCCGUUGACGCCAUUUGCGGGGAAUGAGAGUCGGCCGAGUGCAACUAUCGAGGCGAGGAGAGAGAAGGAUCCGUUAGGCAAGAGUCUCUGGGUCUAUCAGAUCAUUAAGGAUGAGAGUGGCAAGGAAGUGGAGCGGAUUCCAUUGCGGGAGGUGAAUUGGGUCUUUGCGGAUGAGGAGGGCUGGAACGUUGGAAUUGGCGGAUAUGUUGCAAGGCCGACGAAGGAAGGUGGUGAGGCGCUAUUGGACUCGGAAUUCCCAGAGGGUGUUGAGGUGGAGAUCCUAGACAAUUAG